AGAGAGAGAGAGAGAGAGAGAGAGAGAGAGAGAGAGCAGCGAUGAUGAAUAGCAGUGGCCUGGAUCUGCAAAACGUCAGUGCCUGGCUUGUCAGUCUGUGUACUACAGUGCUAUAGUGACUGUACAAUGUAGAACAUGUUGUUUGAAACAUGGUCAUACCUGCAAUAUUUUAAACAAAGGUUUAUUGUUAUAAUAUCAAUAUGUAUUAUAUGAAAGAGACAUGACUAUUGAUUAAACCGUAGGAAGCUUUUUUUGUAGUGUAACUGUUUUCAGAAACAUGGUAGUCUACCGUAUAGCAAGUAGGGUAUAACUUGUCGAUACCAUAGUGUAUAUGCCAUAAAAAAAACAAAACAAAACAAAACAAACAAAUAAACUAAAAUGGAAAUGACAGCAGAAUCAGCCAAUUUCAGUGGGAAAUCCAACAACAGCUACGAGAAUAAAAACUCCGGGGGACCCGAUCGCAAUGGCUACGCAAAGACCUCUGUCCCUCCAUUACAAAGGGACCCCGAAUGCCAGAUGUGGGGGGCAUUCAUGGUGAAGAGAAUCUGGAGUUCCUGGAAAGUCUCGUCCGCGGUGUGCGUCGGCUCUCUCUCGGUUCUGUUGGCUUUGAAGUUUGUGAACGGGGAAAUCGAGUACAGCAGCAACAACAGGGGCAAGGUGCCCGACUCGCCGGUGCAUCACUAUCUCUCGGGGUGCGCGGCGGAGCUCUUGGUAACUUGGUGGCACUCGGCGGCGCCCCUCUUCACGCUGGUAUGUGCAUUCUUCUGGGUCGGCUUGUACCUAACACGAUGCGGGGUCAUGCUAAAAACUGCACUUUUCCUCCUGACCGUGUGCCACCUGGGAGAAGCGGCUGCCCAGCUCUUGCUCAUCGGCUCGGAGGAUCAGUUACUCUCUUUCACUGCAACUGUGGUGGUGCUCGCUUGCUUGGUAACCGGGGCACUGAUGAGAGUGAAACUAAAGCAGGGGCUUUCUGUCAUCUUCUUUAUCAGCCUGGUCAGGACCCUUUCUCUGAUCUCGCUGAAUAAAGUCCGGGCCGGUUGUAGACCCUACCUGGCGUACUUGGUCGGGGUGCUGGGGUUCCUUCUUGCGAGGUAUGCAGACCAGCUAUUGCCGAGUCAGGGCCAACACGAAGGGGGCUGUACUUCCCUGGCGGGGGCAAAGGAGCACAUCCCUGUAUUUAAAAGGAGAAGAAGAUCCAGCUCUGUAAUUUCAUCAGACAUGGCGAACAGCCAGUCCAGCAGCAGCAGAUCACAUAGAAGGACUUCUUUGCCAUGCAUUCAGAGGGAUCAGAUGCUUUCCCAGUCCGAGUGGGAGCACAAGCGCGGCUCCCGAGGAUCCCAGUACUCUGGAACCACCGUCACGGUGGACAUCGCUGUCAUGGGGGAGGCUCACGGGCUCAUCACAGAUCUGCUGGCAGACCCCUCGCUCCCUCCCAACACCUGCUCCUCCCUGAGAGCCGUCAGCAACCUGCUGAGCACACAGCUCACUUUCCAGCCUGUCCACCGGCCCCGCAUCAACCCACUGGGGUCCUUCAACGAGAAUUACACCUGCUCCGACUCCGAGGAGGGGCCUGAGCGCGGCGAAAAGCUGGCCAUCCCCAAGCGUCUGAGAAGAAGCCUGCCCCCGGGUCUGCUGAGACGGAUUUCAUCCACGUGGACGACCACGACGUCAGCCACAGGCCUGCCAACCAUUGAGCCGGGGCCGGUCAGAAGAGACCGCAGCGGCAGCAUCAAACCAGUCCAUGAAGCCAUCACGAGCAGCACAGCUAACAGUGACUCCUGGAACAGCUCAGUCAUGCUGACAAUAAACAAGAGCCGGUCCCUCUCUGCCUCGUACGCUGCCCCCACUGCCAAUCACCUGAACACCAAGAGGCAGAGCAGGCCAGGUUGUCCGACUUCCAACAUCUCACCUCUCACCUCCCCGUGCCAUUCACCCAUCCAGGGGACCCCGGCCAGUAGCCCCACCAGCAAACACUCCUCCGUUGAGUUCCCAGACACAGCGGACCCUGCACUGAUCACCCAGCACAAAGCCUUACCCUCCACUCAGAGCUCCUCGGACCCCCUGGGGCCGCACAGGGACCCCUCGGCACUCUGCCCUAGCUGUGGAAGAUUAUUCAACAAAACAAAUCGCAGUGAAGGCAGUCUGGACAGAGCGGACACACCCACACAUUCAAUAAACAGGACAGAGGACCCUGCUCAAGCGACGUCAGACUACGACAGCACCCACGAAACCAACAACAGCGACAGCAGCGACAUCGCCCAGAACGAGGACCAACCCGAAUGUUCCAAAGAGUCCAGGGAAGGGUCUGUCUGCAGAUCAUACAGACCAGACACCCUCAUCUUGCACCCCUUGAUGCCACCCGAGGCCAAGUCCAUUUUAGCUGCAGAGCCCUUGUUGAUGGAACUCCUCCACCCCAUAAUGGAGCAGCUGAACAACUGGAACUUCCCCAUCUUCGACCUGGUGGAGAGGACCGGGGGAAAGUGUGGCUGCAUCCUGAGCCAGGUAUCCUACAAGCUCUUUGAAGACACAGGGCUUUUCGAAACAUUUAAGAUCCCGGUCAGAGAGUUCAUGAAUUACUUUCACGCGCUGGAGAAUGGAUACAGAGAUAUACCUUAUCACAACAGAAUCCAUGCCACCGAUGUUCUGCACGCAGUCUGGUACCUCACAACCCAGCAGAUUCCUGGACUCCCCAGUGCACUCAAUGACCACGGCUCCGCCAGCGAUUCAGACUCGGACAGUGGUAUCACUCACGGUCAUAUGGGAUAUGUUGUAUCAAAAACGUACAACGCUACAGAAGACCAUUACGGCUGCCUGUCUGCUAACAUCCCUGCCCUGGAGCUGAUGGCGCUGUACGUUGCUGCAGCCAUGCAUGAUUACGAUCACCCAGGAAGAACCAACGCCUUUCUGGUGGCCACCAGCGCCCCUCAGGCUGUGUUGUACAACGACCGGUCAGUGCUGGAGAACCACCACGCUGCGUCCGGCUGGAAUCUGUUCAUGUCUCGGCCGGAGUACAACUUCCUUGUCAACCUGGACCACGCGGAGUUCAAGCGCUUCCGCUUCCUCGUCAUAGAGGCCAUCCUGGCCACUGAUCUCAAGAAACACUUUGAUUUUCUGUCCGCUUUCAAUUCCAAGGUAAAUGAAGACAUUGGGCCUGGCAUUGACUGGUCCAAUGAAAACGACCGCUUGCUUGUGUGCCAAAUGUGUAUUAAACUGGCCGACAUCAACGGCCCUGCGAAGUGCAAAGACCUCCAUCUGCAGUGGACCGAGGGGAUCGUCAGUGAGUUUUAUGAGCAGGGGGAUGAGGAGUCAAGCCUGGGCCUUCCCACCAGCCCCUUCAUGGACCGCUCAGCCCCGCAGCUGGCCAAACUGCAGGAGUCCUUCAUCACCCACAUCGUGGGGCCGCUCUGCAGCUCCUACAACUCAGCCGGCCUCAUGCCUGGGCGCUGGGUGGAGGGAGCCCAGGACGAGGAGGAGGAGGAGGAAGAGGAGGAGGAGGAAGUGGGGGCAGGGGACAGUGAUGACAACGAGGACGAUGAAGACAUGACAGAGGAAGACACUUCCGACAGCUCCGAGGCAUCACGGAAAGGGGGCGGCAAGAAAAGGAGGAAAAUCUACUGCCAGAUUACCCAGCACCUGCUGGAGAACCACGAGAUGUGGAAGAAGGUGAUUGAGGAAGAGCAGAGGGGGGAGGAGGAGGAGCAGGUGAAGCCAAGUGCAGAAGAGCUGACGAGAGAACCCAUCUUGGCAAUCACAGAGGAGGAGGAAGAGGGGGCCAAGGAGGAGAGGGGAGGGGAGGGAGAAGGAUCCAAAGGGAGUGCCACAGCUGAGGCCCAAGAACCGUGCACACACUGACAAGGAUACAGGGAUUACCUGCAGAGACUGGCUGUGCACGGACUCCUGUUAUUUUACCAGCACAUCACUUAGACACAACACUGUAGAUGUUUCAGGAUAAUGUGCCUAAAGAAAUGGGGAAGGGGGGGGUUACUUUUUAAAAACAUUUUGUAAAAAUUGGAAAGUAAUAAAUAAGGUCAGGUACAGAACAAGGACAAGGAAUUAACCUUCCGUUUGAGGAAGCUUCCACACCAGUCACACAAAGGACUUUCCAAAAAAAGAGAGAAACGCGAGAAAGAUGUUGAAGACUGGUGUGUAUGUAGUGUACUUCAGCAUCCAUUUCUUUUAUAAAACUCACACGUAGUGGAGGCUGACAAACAAUAAAACGCAGUGCUUGCAAAACACUUUGUGUAGAGUUCGCUGGAGUCUCUAGGUACAGAUAUUUGUAGCUUUUAUUCCAUCGUAUGAAUGGGGUGAAAAAAAUAAUAAUUUGAAAAGAUUUCUGAUGUGCCCUGCCAAUAUGCUUUGUGGAUUUUGUUUGGCAUUUUAGUAUUUUUUGUCUGUUUCACAAAAAGCAAUCUAUAUAAACUAGUUUCUCGUACUGUGCUGUAGUGCACAUGAACAAGCACUGUCGGCCUCUUCGUGUGUUCUUGUUUCCAUGCUAGGAGUUAUUGCUGAUACCAAUGACAGCAUUGUGUUGUAAAUACAUGAGGAAGAUUUUUAUUUUGUUUCUUUAGCUUCGGUAGACUAUAAAAGCAAAGUUGUUUUUUCGUUGUUUUUUUUUUGCCUCUAAAUAUUUCAUUUUGUAUUUUUUUGUUUUUCAAUUUCAGCCGUGUUCAUAAAUAACAAUAUAAAGUUCAGGACCUUUAUUAAAAAAAAAAAAAAAAAAAAAAAACAUUUGUCAGGAAAGUAUGGAUAACCAGGUCUCUUCAGAAAUUCUUUAGUUCUAGUAAUUCUGGCACUUUGUUAACAGGGUUCCAGCGUCUAAAGGAUUUCAAAUCUGGGCCACAUGUCCCCAGCUCUCAAUGAGCACUCACUGAGCUAGAGGCUAGAUUUUAAUGUGACCCAAUUCCUUGAAUAUUGACUCUUCAAGAUACAAGACCAAACAGGUUACAGCUGUGCACCAUUAAUCUGUGUAUAUGUAGUGAUUCCAAGAGUUAUGAAGGUUUUUUUACUGACUCGUUCUACCAAAGCUACACACUGAGGCACAGUGUUUCCAUUAGAAAAGACAUUUUGGGAGACUGGUGUUCAUGCUUGAGGACACACACAGGACUCGACACAGUCACAGGCAACAGGAGAACAGCAGUUGGCAACAAUCUGAACUAACAAGCUUGUAAAUUAUAGAGAAGACAGUAUUGAACUGGGCUGCACCCAUAUGACAGAAUGACUGUAGCAUAGUUCUGCAGCGUGCAUUCUACAACAAACUAGUAACUAGAAAGCAUCCCUGAUUCAAAAACGGUUCUCAACGUCAACACAGCUGUGAAUUGUAAGGGGACCGGAGACAGGCUGCAUUGCUUGUUCUGUUGCCUGGCAGUGGACCUCAAGCUCAGAUGUAGGGUAUAUAGGUAUAAAGAAGGUACUAUUAAAAUACUGUGAUAAUUCGCCUCACUGCAGAUUCAGGGACUACAAAGGUGUUCUCACUGUGCUACCAUUAAGGUGUGACUCCAUUCGGUUGUGCAGCACACAACGGUAAUUCAAUGAUACGCAAUGGGGUCUUUCUGUGUACCUCCCCCUCUGCGGUGUGUGAGUAACAAUUAUACAAAUAUGGGAAAGGAGGGAGUAUUUAAAGCCUAAUUAAAGGGAGUCAUUUUAUUUCUAAUUAGCUCUUCAGAGAUUUGAGACAGGAGCACAGAUUAAAGGAGUUACCAUAUUGGUAACAUUCAUUAAAAAAAGUAUGGGAUUUAAAAAUGAAAUGAAUUAUUUUUUUAAUUCUGUAGCAUUGCAAAAGCAAUAUCAGCCAAUUUCUUUGAAAUAAAACAAACAAACAUUUGAUGUCCAGUAUUUCAGCUAUAAACUCAGGUUUUACAAAUGAAGGGAUAAGAGGACAGCUCCUGUAUCUAAUUUUAAAGGGACUGUUAAAAAGGCUUUAAACAAGGGGAAAAAAUAAGAUAAACGUGCCAAAAAUGUUCCAGAUCCCUUGGAAAUUACUAAAGGAUUUUGUAUUUGUAUUUUUUUUAUUUUUGGUUUUGUUAUAAAUUGCAAUUGCUAUAAAUUGCAAUCGGAUAUUUAUGAGAUUGUAGUUGAAUGCAGCUUUCAACCUAAGUGUUUUAGCUGAUAUGGGUGAUGUGAUGUUUUCUCUGGGCACAGUGUUGGGUUUGUGAAAGGCUGAGAGGUAACACUGGACUAAAACUCUCUGACAGUCCACAGGUUGCAGAUAGAGCACUAUGAAGUCUAGGCUGCAGUCUGGACUUGACCUCAGUGUGUAUCAACUACAAUGUAAAAGGGAAUCCCAGAUGAACAGAGUCAUUCACUGUCAUUUAAAAUCCUUCACUUUGUAUUGUUAUUCCCUGACACCCCACCAGACUGAAUAAAAUAACACAUCUCGCCUUGGAAACAGUAGGAUUAGCUGUAGAGGCAGUUGAAUUGAAUACCAAGCAUUUUAAACAUUUGAUGAGGCAAUGUGCUCCAUGUUAUUCCUGGUUGUAGUUAAACCACCUGUCCGUUCUAUAGGAAUCCGUUGGCUUCAUACAGAUCAUCUGGUCUCUGGAUAAUGAGCGGUGUAUGCUUUUGUGGGUGAAGUAAUGAAAAUUGAGAGCCAUCGGUGUAACAGUAAAAUGAUUAUAAAAUAUUUACUGGACUUAGCCCACAGCAAGUGGGUUGAAUUAACAGGGAUUUUAUUACAAACAGACUGAUGGCAAAUGAAAAAAGUAGCGUGCAAUCUCCAUAACUCUAAGAAUGAUAGAGUUCUGCUAGGGACAGUGCCCGAGUCUAUUGCAAAGAAUGGGAACUUGCCUUGUUUGACAGCAAAGCCCUGAGAGCUCCCAUAGAGAUACUGGGAACCCAGCCUUUCCUCUACCAGAGACCCGCUGAGGAGGAAUGGGAAGGGAUGAUAAACACAGCCCUCACCUGCUGUGGAUCCUCUCUUGAUACAGUGGGGAUUAUUUUAAUCAUCAGACAAUGGCAGAUCGUUAUGCCAUCGCACUAAAACCCAGCUCUAUCACAGACCUUCAGUGCACCUUCACCUGUACUGAUCCACAGUAUCUUUAUUGGAGGGGUCAAUCAAUCAGCAGGAAUUAUUAUAGAGUUACAAAUAUCUGCCACAGUUUAGAUCAUUAAAUGAACCCCAGUAACUUAAAAAAAAAGUUAAGACAUGGUGGCAUAAAGUGUGCAGAGCCACUGUGCAGAGAAUAACAUUACGCAGAUACUGUGUGUACUGCCAGCGGAGCUGCUGGGAAUGAGGCUGUUCCUGUUAGAAUCACUUCAGAGCUGUAUUGGGGGGGGGGGGGG